UUUAAUAAAAUCUUUCUUUUUUUUUAGGAAAAUUAAAUCAUAUUAUUCAAUAGUGAGGCCUGUUAUUUUAGCGAACGUUGCUAUGUCUUCAACAUGUUUCAUAAUCGUGACAUAUGUGUUUAUAGUGGUUUGCUUUUCAAAGGAACCAAAUCAAAUUCUUACCAUUAUCAAACUCGGGUCAUCAGCUAUCUUUAUUUGUGGGCAGUUUUUUUUAUAUUGUUAUUUACUUGACAGUAUGAAUCUUAAAAGAGAAUAUGUUAACUUUGCCUUAUAUGCUUGCGAUUGGUCGAAAAUGGAUAUCAAAUUUAAAAAGUUAUUAUUAUUAACAAUGCGGAUGAAUGAUGCUAAUAAUUUUAUUAUAAGAGCUUCACCAAGCAAAGUCGUCAACUUACAAAUGUUUGCAAACGUAUUUAUUUAGUGUUAAUUUUAUAACAAUUACACAGUACAUAUUAUACACAUAUACCCACCUUCUACUUAUCUAUUUAAAUACAAUAUAAUAAAUGUUGUAUGUUGUUUCAGGUCAUAUCAAUGUCUUAUAAUAUUAUUUCUGUCAUGCUGAAAUCCAUGGAUUCAAAUAAUCAAAUAUCAGAAUAAAUAUAUGUUUAAGCUAUAUAGGCAACAUUUUAAUAUCUAGGAUCUAUCAGAGUAGAUAACGUAACUUUUUUUUUUUUAAAUUAAACGGCGUUUUUUUGAAAAUGUACAAUCUGUACAUUAUAUAUAAUAAGUAAAUAUGAUAUGGUAUAAUAAAAUAAUAUAAAAAUGGCUUUGAGUAACGUGUAGGAAGACUCGCAGUCGAGUCACCUUUUACAAUGAA